AUGGCGGAAAUACAUUCGGAAUCAGAAGAAAACAGUAUCGUUCCAAGUGACGUACGUGAACCUCCGCUGGAAGCGGAGGUAAGAAACAGCGUAAACAUGAAGUGUGUUCUUGUAUCGGAUUCGGAAACACGAUCGAACAAACGAUGUUCCUCCGAAAAUAUUGCUCCUUCGCCCAAAUCACCGCGCACCGACUUCCCAUCGCCAGAGACCGAAGAACGGACAGAGGCCGAGGCUCAAGAGCUGGAGAGCGAAAACACAGACACUCAAACAUGUCCUCCGAGUCCUCCAGACAGACGCAAGUCCUGGAGGAGAGCCACCAUCACCCGCCGCUCUCUCCCGGCACUCCCCAACCCCUAUCAGGUUCUUUGCAGAAGCAUAUGUACAUCUUUGUCACAGACUGAAAGAUUGGAAAAGUUAAUGGAGGCAUCAAUGAAGAUGACACUUGAUCGAACCAUGUCAUCGCUUCAGACAGCACCGCAUUCUUCCAUCGAGUCUUUUCAAAGUAAAGUUGAUCAAAUGCACAAAGAAUGGACUUGUCUGGCAAAAACUAUACGGAGUGAAUCUCAGUCUGAUGCCACUGCAGCUUCUCCUGCUGAUUCUUCAGUUAAAGAAGAUGAGGAAAAAAUUAAGAAGGCUAUCCACAGACUCAAAAUUGAAAAGGAAUCUUGGGAAGCAUUGCUGACUAAACACAGAGAUGAAGCAGAGAAAUUGGAAAGGAAGAUACAAAAAGGACAAGAAAGAGGCAUCACACUUGACUCUGCGUCCCUGGCACAACAUUCGUCACAAAAUGAAGUCAUCAUGACCAAACCAGACUAUAAACUUGUCCUCAGCCGACAGCUACCCAGGCUUCGCACCAUGACCGUUAUUAUGGAUUCUCAGUGCAAAAUGGUAAAAACUCUUCUUUCUAUUCGAGACCAAUCACAGUUAGUAGUGAAAGAGACCAGUGGGUUAUUGGCUGCUGAGUCUGGAUUGCUUGAGCUUUCAUCUGACCUGGUCAAGAACCUAAUCACACAACCUUUGGCUUCUGCUGUGCAGUAG